CCUUCCAUUUAAAUUGCCGUUUUAUGCAGACCACCCAUUUCCAAUUCCAACCGCUAAACUAUCACUCAUCUUCAUCAUCAACAAUUUUUUCGCCACACACACAGUUAGCUGUGGAGAGAGGGAGAGGAACUCCUAACUAAAAUGCAGGUUUUGAGUCAAAUUUUCUCUCCUCGUACUCUAGCUCUUCGCCAUGGAAAUGGCUCGGAAACCCUAGGGCUUUCAACAUCGCAUUCGAGAUCACAGCGGAGGAAUAUUUGGCGCAGCGGAGUUUCCUCGUUCAUCGAUAGGAGGGGAAAUUUAAGCGAUUUGACUAAAAAGGAGAGGGGGAAUGUAGUAGUUUCAUCCGUGGAAGAAGGAAUCUCGGGUACUGGUGCGCAAAGAAAGAGAAAAGUGGUUGAACAUAUAUGCCUAGUCAAAGCAAAAGAAGAUUUGUCUGAAGAGGAAGAGAAAGACAUGCUGGAUUUUCUUUAUACGACUCAAUAUCAGAUGCGGGGCAUUGUUGCCAUGUCAUUAGGACGUAUUUGUGAUCAAAAUCCUGAGCAAUGUACCCAUGCCAUAUUUAUGCGUUUCCAGACGAAAGAGGACCUUGCCAAGUUUUAUGAGAACACCUUCUACACGAAAGUUCUUAAGGAACAUGUGAUGCCCUACUGCCAUGGGUUUAUAAAUUUGGACUAUGAGUCUGAAGUAGAAGACGAUAUCCUGCCAAUCUUCCGGAAGGGAGAGGAGUUCAACUAUGGCGUCGAGCUCAUGCUACUUGUAGAAUUUAGUCAAAGUUCUUUGGAUGGGCCUGCUGAAGAUGCAAUUACUUCUCUUGCAAACCUGACAGUGGAGUUUCCUUCUCUGAUUGUUCAAGCUACUAAAGGUGCAAAUAUGAACAUGAACAAUGUGGAGUAUACUCACGGGGUAGUAGUGCGAUUUCGGUCAGUGGAGGCCUUCAAGAUCUUCAUGAGCAGUUCAGAAUACAAUACUAUCUGGGAAUCCAAAUUCAUGCCCUUCAUUCGAAAGGUUCUAUGCGUGCAUUUUUCAGUAGAUCCUGUGGGCAAAGAGCUUAUGUAGCAAGGUCAGUCUCCUUCAUACACUCUUCAGUAUCCCAUUAUCAGUCUCAGUCUCCUUCAUACACUCUUCAGUAUCGCAUUAUCAGUUUCUUCUAAAACAGUGUUCUUCAUGCAACAAUAUAAUUCAGGAUCUGUUACAGGAAAUCGAUGUAAUCACAACUUGGCUUUGAGUUACUUAUAUCUUCAUGCUUUCUCAUUCGUUACGUCAACAUUUAUUCAAAAAUCUCACUUUAAUUUCCGGAUCAACGCGCAUGCAUAUAUGAAGGAUAAGGUGCAGUUGGAAGAGUUUGAUUCCACUUUGUUCUGCCCCUCAUCCUCCUUGUAUCUAGGCCCCUUUUUUGGUGGCUCUGAGAAUUGUUUCUUCCACCUAUAUAAUGGGAUGAGUGUGCUUUCAAAUAUGCCCAUCAGCCUUCGCAUCAGACUCUUGUAAAAUGGGAUUUGUAUAAUAGAAACUAAUAGUAUUAGCUUUUUUUUAGGUUGUUUUAUAUUUUAAUCAUUUUUAGAAAUAAAUCAAGCAUGAAACAUAUUUUCUAUAUAUUCUUUUAGUCUGAUA